AUGGCCUUCGUCACCUCUCCUAAACUACACCUGCACCACGUUGCAUUGGAGACUCGAAAGGGUAAUCUUUUAAGGAUUGCUAGCUUUCUGGGAUCUUUUGCAUUUGGAUAUGCGUGCAUGAGGUUGCUUUUGAAAAGGGGAAACAAAAAUAAAACCUUGUUCAGUUCAGGAAGACAAUCAAAAGGCUUGGUGUGUUCCGGGUUCUGGGUUCCUGGGAUGUAUCUUUCAAAGGGUUGUAGGUGUGAAGUUGUUCUCUGUUUGUGGUUUUGCUGCUAUUUCCUAUUAGCUGCUAGUCAGGUCACUGACCCCACAGAAGUUGAGGCAUUGAGAACCAUAAAGAAAAGUUUGUUUGAUAUUAAUGGAAAUUUAAGCAGCUGGGAUCGUGGAGACCCAUGUACAUCCAACUGGACAGGGGUUAUGUGCUCCAAUACAACCUUAGCCGAUGGCAAUCUACAUGUUCUACAAUUGCAACUACUGAAGUUGAACCUGUCUGGAACUUUGGCACCAGAGAUUGGCUACUUAUCUUAUUUGGAAAUAAUGGAUUUCAUGUGGAAUUACUUAAGUGGGACUAUACCGAAGGAGAUUGGCAAUAUCAAAACUUUGAAACUCUUACUCCUGACUGGAAAUAAACUAACAGGCGUUCUGCCUGAAGAGCUUGGGCAUCUACCUGUCCUGGACAGAAUACAAAUUGAUGAGAAUAAUAUUACAGGAUCCAUACCAUUGUCAUUUGCAAACCUGAACAGCACCAAACACUUUCUUCUUGACAACAAUAACUUGACAGGAAAUCUCCCAUCCGAGCUCUCUGAGAUGCCAAGCUUAAAGAUACUUCAACUUGAUAACAAUAACUUCAGUGGAAGUACCAUUCCAGAAUCUUAUGCCAACAUGUCAAAAUUGUUGAAAUUGAGCCUUAGGAACUGCAACUUGCAAGGACCAAUUCCUGAUUUCAGCAGCAUACCAAACCUUGCUUACCUUGAUCUCAGUUUGAAUCAGUUGAAUGAAUCAAUUCCUACCAAUAAGCUAUCAGACAAUAUGACAACCAUUGACUUAUCAAACAACAAGCUCAAUGGAACAAUUCCAUCCUACUUUUCUGGUCUUCCACGUCUUCAGAAAUUGUCAAUUGCAAACAAUUCAUUGAGUGGAAAUGUUCCUUCUACCAUUUGGCAGGACAGGACUUUAAAUGCAACAGAGCAACUUAUCUUGUACAUGCAAUAUAAUCAAUUUACAAGCAUAUCAGGCACUACAAAUCUUCCUCCAAAUGUCACACUCAUGCUUGAGGGAAAUCCUGUAUGUUUAAAUAAUAACUCUUUAGUUAAGAUCUGCGGACCUGAAAGUGUCAAUGGCAUGGAUGGAAACUCCAGUGUUGUCUGUCCCACUCAAGGAUGCCCCCCUCAUUAUGAAUACACUGAGGACUGUAUCUGUGCUGUCCCUUUGGUUGUUCAUUAUCGGUUGAAAAGUCCAGGUUUUUCAGAUUUCCGUGCAUACGUGAGACAAUUUGAGGUCUUCCUGACAGAUGGUCUUAGUGUACAUACUAAUCAGCUGUUCAUUGAGCGUUUUGCAUGGGAAGAAGGACGGUUGAAAAUGAACUUGAAGCUUUUUCCAGAAUAUAUUGGCAAUACAACUAGUUCUCACGAGUUCAACACAAGUGAGGUUAUUCGGAUCAGAGACAUGUUCAGAGAAUGGGAUAUUAAUGACAGUGACUUGUUUGGGCCUUAUGAACUUCUGGACUUCAUUCUACUGGAUCCUUACAGGGAUGCAGUGAUUACUCCCUCUUCAAGUUCAGGGAUAAGCAAAGGUGCACUGGCUGGAAUAGUCUUAGGUGCAAUUGCCUGUGCAGUUACAUUAUCUGCCAUUGUUUCCAUUCUUAUCUUGAGAAUACGCUUGAGAGAUUACCAUGCACUUUCCAAACGGCGUAAUGGUGAGUAA